UCCAUGACCGGUCACCCGUGGGCAGUGGCCAGUUCCCAGGACUCGAGACGUGUUCAGGCACGGAUCCUGGGCUCCCGUAGCAGCAGGAAGCCGCCGUGCCUACUCGGAACCCGGCAGUAGCCGGCUGAGACGGUGGCAGGAGCUCGCUCUGGCCUCGUGGGCUGUGUGGCCGGUGGCCUCGGGUGUGUGAUGAGCCACAGGCCCAGUCCCCACUCCGGAGGGGGACGCCAGGGGCCCCCGGGGCAGAGGGACCUCAGAACAGCAUCUCCCUGUCUCCCUCGGGUGGCUGGCCCCAGCUGGUGACCCAGGCCAGCCACACCUCUCCCCUGCUGCCCUCACUGCCGAGAGCCCCGCACCCGUCCGUGAUGGCUCCCCCGCUGGAGGACCCAGGGCCCAAUCCGGAGAGUGGACAGUUUUUCCUGAACAUCAAUAUUCUGCCUGUGGUGGAGAGAUGCAUGAGCGCCAUGCAGGCGGGGACCCAGAUGGUGAAGCUCCGCGGCAGCUCCAAGGGCCUGGUCCGCUUCUACUUCCUGGACGAGCAUCGCUCCUGCAUCCGCUGGCGGCCCUCGCGCAAGAACGAGAAGGCCAAGAUCUCCAUCGACUCCAUCCAGGAGGUGAGUGAAGGGCGGCAGUCCGAGAUUUUCCAGCGCUACCCAGACGGCAGCUUCGACCCCAACUGCUGCUUCAGCAUCUAUCACGGCAGCCACCGUGAGUCGCUGGACCUGGUCUCGCCCAGCGGGGACGAGGCGCGCACCUGGGUCACGGGCCUGCGCUACCUCAUGGCCGGCAUCAGCGACGAGGACAGCCUGGCCCGGCGCCAGCGCACUAGGGACCAGUGGCUGAAGCAGACAUUCGACGAGGCGGACAAGAACGGGGACGGCAGCCUGAGCAUCGGCGAGGUUCUGCAGCUGCUGCACAAGCUGAACGUGAACUUGCCCCGGCAGAGGGUGAAGCAGAUGUUCCAGGAGGCAGACACAGAUGACCACCAGGGUACACUGAGCUUUGAGGAGUUCUGUGCCUUCUACAAGAUGAUGUCCACCCGCCGGGACCUCUAUCUGCUCAUGCUGACCUACAGCGACCACAAGGACUACCUGGAUGCCGCUGACCUCCAGCGCUUCCUGGAGGUGGAGCAAAAGAUGACGGGGGUGACCCUUGAGAGCUGCCGGGACAUCAUCCAGCAGUUUGAGCCCUGCCCAGAAAACAAGAGCAAGGCGGUGCUGGGCAUUGACGGCUUCACCAACUACACUCGGAGCCCCGCCGGCGACAUCUUCAACCCAGAGCACCACGGUGUGCACCAGGACAUGACACGGCCACUGAGCCACUAUUUCAUCACCUCGUCCCACAACACCUACCUCGUGGGUGACCAGCUCAUGUCCCAGUCCCGGGUGGACAUGUACGCCUGGGUCCUGCAGGCCGGCUGCCGUUGUGUGGAGGUGGACUGCUGGGACGGGCCCGACGGGGAGCCCAUUGUACACCAUGGCUACACUCUGACCUCCAAGAUUCUCUUCAAAGAUGUCAUCGAGACCAUCAACAAAUAUGCUUUCGUCAAGAAUGAGUACCCAGUGAUCCUGUCCAUUGAGAACCACUGCAGUGUUAUCCAACAAAAGAAGAUGGCUCAGUAUCUGACGGAUAUUCUUGGGGAUAAGCUGGACUUGUCAUCAGUGAGCGGUGAGGAUGCCACCAUGCUUCCUUCUCCGCAGAUGCUCAAGGGCAAGAUCCUGGUGAAGGGCAAGAAGCUCCCUGCCAACAUCAGUGAGGAUGCUGAGGAGGGCGAGGUGUCUGAUGAAGACAGUGCAGACGAGAUCGAUGAGGAUUGCAAACUCCUCAAUGGGGAUGCCGCCACCAACCGGAAGCGUGUGGAAAACAUCGCCAAGAGGAAACUGGAUUCCCUCAUGAAGGAGUCGAAGAUUCGGGACUGUGAGGACGCAAACGACUUCACCGUGUCCACGCUGCCCCCGUCCGGGAAGCUUGGGCACAAGGCAGAGGGCAAAAAGGCUGAGGACGGCGUGGAGUCCGGGGAGGACACCGGCGGCAGCAGACGGAACAACCGGACCCUCAUGAGCAGCUUCUCCAAGCGCAAGAAAAAGAGCAGCAAACUAAAGAAAGCGGCCAGCAUGGAGGAGGGGGGCGAGGACCUGGAGUCCCAAGGCAGCCAGGGCCGAGGGGCGAGCCGGCAGAAGAAGACCGUGAAGCUGUCUCGCGCCCUCUCGGACCUGGUCAAGUACACCAAGUCUGUGGGCAUCCACGACGUGGAGGCGGAGGUGGCGUCCAGCUGGCAGGUGUCGUCCUUCAGCGAGACCAGGGCCCAGCAGAUCCUGCAGCAGAAGCCGGCCCAGUACCUGCGCUUCAACCAGCACCAGCUGUCCCGCGUCUACCCCUCCCCGUACCGCGUGGACUCCAGCAACUACAACCCUCAGCCCUUCUGGAACGCCGGUUGCCAGAUGGUCGCCCUGAACUACCAGUCGGAGGGCCGGAUGCUGCAGCUGAACCGGGCCAAGUUCAGCCUCAAUGGCAACUGCGGCUACGUGCUCAAGCCCCAGUGCAUGUGCCAGGGCGUCUUCAACCCCAACUCCGAGGACCCUCUGCCCGGGCAGCUCAAGAAGCAGCUGGUGCUUCGCAUCAUCAGUGGGCAACAGCUCCCCAAGCCGAGGGACUCGAUGCUGGGGGACCGGGGCGAGAUCAUCGACCCCUUCGUGGAGGUGGAGGUCAUCGGGCUCCCCGUGGACUGCAACAAGGAGCAGACGCGUGUGGUGGACGACAACGGAUUCAACCCCAUGUGGGAGGAGACCCUGGUGUUCACGGUGCACAUGCCUGAGAUCGCGCUGGUGCGCUUCCUCGUCUGGGACCAUGACCCCAUCGGGCGUGACUUCAUUGGCCAGAGGACACUGGCCUUCAGCAGCAUGAUGCCAGGCUACCGGCACGUGCACCUGGAGGGGAUGGAAGAGGCCUCUAUCUUUGUCCAUGUGGCCAUCAGUGACGUCAGCGGUAAGGUCAAGCAGGCUCUGGGCCUAAAAGGCCUGUUCCUCAGAGGCCCAAAGCCCGGCUCCCUGGACAGCCAUGCUGCUGGUCGGCCCCCGCCUCGGCCUUCCGUUAGCCAGCGGCUCCUGCGGCGCACGGCCAGCGCCCCGACCAAGAGCCAGAAGCCGAGUCGCGAGGCCUUCCCGGAGCUGGUCCUGGGCACGCAGGACCCCGGCUCCGAGGGGGAGGCCCGUGACGUGGCGGCCCCCGGCCCCGGCCCCGCUCUGGAGGCCUCGGCCCCGGAGGAGCAGGGCAACCGCAGCCCCCGAGGUAAGGCGCCGGUGGGGAGGAGCCCGGCGCGCGGGAGUCUGGCCCAGGGGCGGCCCCCUGGUGCGCCCGAGGGCCCCGGGCCCGCCGGGAUGGCCGCCGCCUGCAUGAAGUGUGUGGUCGGCUCCUGCGCCGGUGAGGACGCCGAGGGCCCGCGGCCGGGACGGCUGCCCGGCCCGGGGUCUGGGGCCGGACGCGAGCCCGUCAGCCAGCAGCCCCGGGCCCGUGCGGACUCGCUGGGGGCGCCCCCCACCGCCGCGGGGAGAGGCAGAGGGGCCCGGUGGCAGGGUCCGGGCGGCGGCGGCGGCGGCGGCGGCGGCGGCGGCUCUGUGUCCUCGGACUCCGGCAGCCUGGGCGGCCCCGAGGUGGCCCCCCGCUGGCCCGAGGGCGCCCGCAGGCAGGCAGGGGCCCUGCAGCGGGAGAUGAAUGCCUUGUUCGUUCAAAAGCUGGAGGAGAUUAGGAGUAAAUCCUCCACGCCCUCCGCCGACACCCGCCCUUUCUCCGCGCAGAGGCCGGGCUCCUCCCUCCGUGGCCUGGAAACCAUUGCCGAGGAGCCAGCCCCGGGCCCCGGCCCCCCACCUCUGGUGGCUGCCCCCCCCAGCCCCUCCCCGGGAGGGCUGCCGUGCCCGUCGGGACCUGCCGCCGAAGUGGCCAGCCCCCCUGUGGUGGCUCUGGGAGCUCCCACGCCCUUCCAACUCAGGACCCAGAGCAGAGGGGACACGGAGCAAGCCCCAGAAAGCCAUCAGCGGGUGUACAACGGUGGGGGCCCAGGGGGAGCCUGCGAGGGGGCCCCCGGCAGCCAGACGGUCAGAAGGGCUGACGGCGACGGGAAGGUGCCCCCGGAGAUCCCGGGCGGAUGGCGGCCCCUGGCCGGGCCCUGCCCCACCGUGUACUCGGACGCCACGGCUGGAGACCGGCUAUGGCGGCGGCUGGAACCGGGCGGGCACCGAGACAGCGUGUCUUCAUCCUCCAGCGUGUCCUCCAGCGACACGGUCAUCGACCUCUCCCUGCCGGGCCUGGGCCUGGGCCGUGAGAGCGUCUCCGGGGCUCCAGCAGGACGCCUGCCCCUGCGACCCUGCUCGGCCACGGCCGUCCGCCUGGACCUGCCUGCUGUGACCAAGAGCAAAUCCAGCCCUAACCUGCGGGCUGCCAGCCAGCCGCCCACGGCGCCGGAAGGGCUUCAGCCCCGUCCGCUGGCCCCUAGGCCACCCUGGGGCCGCCUCCCCCUGGUAGGCCUCCGGGACUGCCCUGCAGCCGCCAAGUCCAAGAGCCUGGGGGACCUGACUGCUGACGACUUUGCCCCUCAAGUGGAGAUCCUGGGCCGAAGCCUGGGCCUGGCGAGGGAGGGGCGGGCGGUGCGGGGGGCGCGACGGGACGCCCUGACCGAGCAGCUGCGCUGGCUCACGGGCUUCCAGCAGGCCGGUGACAUCACCUCGCCCACCAGCCUGAGUGGCGCCGGGGAAGGGGUGCCCGGUGCCCCCGGCUUCCUGCGGCGCUCGUCCUCCCGCAGCCAGAGCCGCGUGCGCGCCAUCGCCAGCCGGGCCCGGCAGGCCCACGAACGGCAGCAGCGGCUGCAGGGCCCCAGGGGACCCCCAGGGGAGGAGCGGGGCACCCCGGAGGGUGCCUGCUCCGGGGGCCAAGGGGGCUGCGGGGACGUGCCGGCCCCCUGCAGGGGCUCCGCGGCCACCGGCCUCCUGCUCAGACUCUGACGGAGGCUCAGGGCGGGUCGCAGCUGCCCUCGCCUUGGCCCUCCGUCUGCCACCCCUCCCCACCCCCCUCCCUGGGGAGGAAGCGGCCUCCUGGCCUCAGGGUCUGGGGGCAUGUUUCCUGACGUUAAGAUACACAACAGAGGUAUUUAAAAUUUAAGAGACAAAGCUUCUACUGCAUUAAAAUGGUGCCCAGUCCUC